AUGCUUUGGACCAGAUUCGCCGAAGUGCUGCUUGGGGCCGUUCUCAGCACCUGUGCCAGUGUCCUUGCUUCGCAGGUGCCAUUCACGUCUGUCGAUGACGCUACUCUAUCAUGGUCAUCGCGUCCAUGGAACGAACGGGCAAGCGGAGACACAUCCGGCAACCUCGUUUUCCAGUCCCUUGCGUCUCUCCUGCAGAUGAUGCCGAACUCCAAGUAUCCCAUCGGGCAUUCCAUCGCACGAGCGACCAUCCCGCAGGGCACUCUGCUUCACCACGGGAGACAUGUGGGUGGCUGUCCAUCCAUGGACUGGAUCGCGUUCGACCCCGAGCACGCCAUGUUGUUCGCCUUCGGUAUGAACGGCACCUUGCAGACGUACAUUACCACGCGCGACCUGCAGCUCGUGUACUUUGACGGCAGCAGCGGAAAUGCGAGGGGCGGUACGGUCGAUACGCAGGAUAUUCUCUUCUGGGGGGAGCCCGGAAAGAGGGAGAAACACGAGUUGGAUAGACUGGUUGAUGGAUGUACCUGGGCAAAGCAGUACGGGAUGGACGGAAUCCUCAGGAUGGAAUUUGAUUUUGAGAUCAUGUACUGCGAUUUCUCGCAGGGCCUGGAACUCGUCUCUACCAUGUCCAGCAUCAACCCCUGGGCGGAUGACGAUCCUUCUGGGCUGCCAUCACAAGGACCGACACUCCCCGGUGGCCAUUGUACUCCAGGCGCAACAUUCCACGGGCUCACGAAGGAGAGUCUCGACGCAGAAAACUUGCAAAUCAGCAGUCAGACACUCGGCAUACCCCCCUUCUCGUACCCCAAGGGAUGGAAGGGCAUCCUUCCUUCUGUCGACGUACAGGCAUUCUUCGCGGGGACGUGGCACAACCGCUUUCCAGGCGAGACCCGCGUGCGCGUUGACCCCUCGAGUUUGAUCUCCCUCUUUGAUCCCGCGCUGACUUCGCUCGCCGAAGCGCGUCGCUCGAUGACACGAGACCAGUACAGACCAGCAAACAUCUCCAAGGCGGACAUGGCCCGUUGGCGCGCUGACAUCGCGGACGUCAUGGCGCGGGACCUGACGGUGAAGAGCGCAAUAGAUUGGCAGAGCCUCGCGCGAGUCAUUCAGGAGCGCUUUGGGGACCGGGAACGCGGACUGGCAAGGGUGCGCAAGCAGCUUAUCGUCUCGCUCAUACCGUACAUGCCUCGCGCAAACAUCGGGAAGCCGGAGUGGUUCGCCGCGAUCGCGCGUAACUGCGCGGUGCGCUUUACCGACCACUUGCCUCGAACAGGGUUCACGAAGCAGGAGCACCUUCUUUAUCAUGCCGUGGAGGAAGUGCUGCACGAGAUCUGCCGAGUAUAUACGGAAGCAUGGGUGGAUGCCUUCGACGCCGAGAAGCCCGCAGCCCUCGUUCAGGAACUCUUAGCCAAGUGGAGAGACGAGUUCGAUUUACUUAUGGAGUGGCUUGACUGGCCGGUGUGGAUCAAGUGUGAUCCUGCGUGCGGAGUGGAAGAGAGUUGCUGGGUGCCGCAAGGCCAGCCAUGGACGCCGGAUGGUGAUCAUGAGCCACGCUGCAUUCGGAUGGAUUUCGAAGGAUUCGUACCCCCGACAGGCCUUGAGUAG